ACAGCCCUAAUGUCGUUGCCAAUGAAUUCGCUGUACUCGCUCACCUGGGGUGAUUAUGGAACAUCUCUGGUAUCGGCCAUACAGUUGUUGCGCUGCCAUGGCGACCUGGUCGAUUGCACAUUGGCAGCCGGCGGACGCAGUUUUCCGGCCCACAAAAUCGUGCUAUGUGCGGCUUCUCCAUUUCUGUUGGACCUGCUAAAGAACACGCCAUGCAAACAUCCAGUUGUGAUGUUGGCUGGCGUCAAUGCGAACGAUUUGGAGGCUUUGCUGGAGUUCGUCUAUCGAGGCGAAGUGAGCGUCGAUCAUGGGCAGCUGCCGUCGCUGUUGCAAGCGGCGCAGUGCCUCAAUAUUCAGGGUCUGGCACCGCAAACCGUGACCAAGGAUGACUAUACAACGCACUCGAUACAACUGCAGCAUAUGAUACCACAGCACCACGACCAGGACCAAUUGAUAGCAACCAUUGCCACGGCACCGCAACAAACUGUGCACGCACAGGUUGUCGAGGAUAUUCAUCACCAGGGCCAGAUAUUGCAAGCGACCACACAGACCAAUGCCGCCGGACACCAGCAAACGAUUGUGACAGCCGAUACUUCCAAACACGAUCAGGCCGUUAUUCAGAGCUUCUUGCCUGCGCGCAAGCGUAAGCCGCGUGUUAAGAAAAUGUCACCAACUGCACCGAAAAUAACCAAAAUUGAAGGAAUGGGUACGAUUAUGGACACGCCGACAACGUCUCACUUAACCGCACAACAGCAGCAAGUUGUUCAGCAACAGCAAGUCCUGGAUGAAAAUGGCGCUGAAACGCAAUUGUUGACCAGCACACCGAUCAUCAAGAGUGAAGGACAAAAGGUUGAAACUAUUGUAACCAUGGACCCCAACAAUAUGAUACCCGUGACAUCGGCCAAUGCGGCAACUGGUGAAAUAACAACCGCAUCUGGAGCAACUGUAACGCCUGGCACUGGCGGCACAACAGCGACGCCUAAAGCUAAACGGACUAAACAUCCGCCUGGGACAGAAAAACCUCGGUCACGCUCACAAUCGGAACAACCUGCUACUUGCCCCAUUUGCUAUGCCGUCAUACGUCAGUCGCGCAAUCUUCGUCGCCAUCUCGAGCUGAGGCACUUCGCCAAGCCGGGCAUCAAAAAGGAGAAGAAAACAUCCAGUGGCAAGAAACCUGGCAGCAGUACACCUGGCUCCGGGCAGCCCCAAACGGGCGGCAGUGGAGUAGUCCCUCAAGUGCAAACGGUACAGUCGCUACAUCCGUUGCAGGGCGUGCAAGUCAAGAAGGAUCCAGAUGCACAGCAACAACAGCAACAGCAGCAGCAGCAGCAACAGCAGCAGCAACAGCAACAGCAACAAACAAUGACAGUAACCACCACAGCUGGCAGUCAAGUGCAACAGCAGCAAGUGCAGCAGGUGCAAGUGCAACAGCAGCAGGCAUUGCAGCAUCACCAGAUCAUCGAUUCAUCUGGUAAUUUGACAACGCCAACGACCAGCGCCCAAGCUGCUGCCCAGCAACAGGCAAGCAAUCAGCAGCAGCAACAGCAGCAGCAGCAGCAACAGCAACAACAACAACAACAACAGCAGCAGCAGCUGGUGGCACAGUCAGAUGGCAGUGAGAGUGGCACACCUCUCUCAAUUGCUCAGGUGCAAACGUUGCAGGGUCAUCAGAUCAUUGGCAAUUUAAAUCAGGUGAAUAUGACUGAUUUUCAACAGCAACAACAACAGCAGCAGCAACAACAACAGCAGCAGCAGCAACAGCAACCACAAACACAACAACCACCACAGACGCUUUGAGUAGCAAGCACCUACUUUGACAAAUCGAACCGAAUCAUACAUCCACAAUUAUAAACCCAAUCCAAGACCUGGUUCUCUGAUUUUGCUUAACUCUUUACGGAAUGCGAGUAGUAAAAUGUUAUCAACUAAACUUGGAUAUAUAGAGCAGACUAGAUAACUGAUUGAUUGACAAACAUUGAGGGCUGCAAAGGGAAACGUGGCUGAAACUAUUGCAAUAUUUUUUAACCUAAUAUAGAGAGCUAAAUCGAAAUUUAAACUGAAUCAUUUAUUCUAUUUCGAUUUCUUUACUAUAUUUUUAAUAAUUAUGACUUUGCAGUCCUGAAUAUAACACUAGAUACAAGAGUAGAUCUAAAUAGAAAUAGUUGUUUUAAGCAUCUGGUGAUAAUUCAAGUUUACGAACUCGCAUUAUUCUGUGAGAUGCUUUUGCAGCUGGGGGUACUUAAGAGAAACGAUUGCAGUCGCAUCAUUUCGAAAUAUAUUAAAGAAUUCGAUCUGAUUGUUAAUGUUGUGUUGUCGGUAGUCUGCUCUUUGUAUCGCAAGGGUAUUUAGUUUUUAUAUCCAAUUUUGUUGUAAUAUUUUGUUAACUUUAAAUAUUGAUUUCGCUAUUAUGAAUAAUGAUGUUCUGCAAUACUUAGUUAUGUUUAAGAGCGCGCUAUGGUUAUUGGACUAUGUAAUGUGCUGUAGUUUGACACGUUUCUCGCCUCCCCCUACCUAUGUUAUAUGUGUGUGUAUGUAGUCUUAAUUGGACAGACUAGGCAUCCUAGUCAAACUUAAUAACCGAUCAGUGUAGUUUUACAACGCGCCAGACCCAAAUAUUGGCUCGGUGCUAAGCAAUUGUUUUUAAAUUUUACAUUACUUUUGCGUUGUGUAGAUUCUCUUAAAUAUGUUUAGCUAAAAUCUUCCGAAACAAAUUGCGAGGUUCACCUGUAUUUCGUCUAAUGAACUGAUAUUGGAGUAAUAUCUUUCAUUUGGACUGUGUACUUUUGCCUUAAUGCUGCUUUAACUCUGCAGAUAUCUAUAUAAGCUUUAGUUUCUCCUGUCUAUCCGCUCUUAGGCCAAAACAUCU